UACCGUUAUUGGCGAGCAAGUCUGCGCGCCGUUUGUAUAGAUUCUCAGAUUUCGCUGCAGUUUUUAUGGAUGCUGAAACCCUAACACUAACGACUUCUGACCUCUUCCUUUCUUCCUUCGGCACCUUCGCCGCUGAUUCGCCUCAACUGCUGCCUCCUAAAUCUUUCGAAUUACUUUCCCAAUCCUCCUCUCUACCCAGUGUACCCUCGCUUGUACCAACUUCCAAGCUUAUUCCUAACUCCUGUUUCAUCGUCGAUGGCUUUCGAACGGCCGGAGAUUUUUCAAUCUCCUACUUCCUUUCCCAUUUCCACUCGGACCAUUAUACCGGCCUCAGCCCUAACUGGUACCGUGGCAUCAUUUUCUGCUCUGAGACCACCGCUUCCCUUCUCGUGGAAAUACUCAAAGUUUCUCCUCUCUUUGUCUAUGCCCUACCUCUUAACAAGACUGUCACGAUUGAUGGAAGUAAUGUCACUUUGGUGGACGCAAAUCACUGUCCUGGUGCAGUCCAAUUCCUGUUUGAAGUUGGACUAGAGAGGUAUAUUCACACUGGUGACUGCAGAUUCUGCGACUCAAUGAAACUUGAUCCAUUUUUACAGAAAUUUGUAGGCGCUGACGCUGUUUUCUUGGAUACCACUUACUGUAAUCCUAAAUUUGUGUUCCAGUCUCAAGAGGAAUCAAUUGAAUAUGUUGUAAAAACUAUUCAGAGAACCAAGGAAGAAAAUAAGGGAUCAGCUAAAUCAGUAUUGUUUCUUAUUGCUACAUAUAUUGUUGGAAAAGAAAGGAUUUUGCUUGAGAUCGCUCAAAGAUGCAAUUGCCUAGUCCACGUGGAUGGCAGAAAGAUGAGGAUUUUGUCAGUAUUAGGGUUCGGUGAUAUUGGUGUUUUUACUGAGGAUUCUUCAGCUAGUGAUGUUCAUGUGAUUGGUUGGAACCUGUUAGGUGAGGUUUGGCCUUUUUUCCGACCGAAUUUUGUGAAGAUGAGAGAGAUUAUGGCGGAGAAAGGUUAUUCAAAGGCUGUAGGUUUUGUUUCAACUGGAUGGAUGCAUGAGGUCAAGAAAGAUGGGUUUGCUGUGAGGGUUAAGGAAUCUCUUGAGAUCCAUCUUGUUCCAUACAGCGAGCAUUCAAGCUAUGAUGAGCUUAGAGAGUAUGUGAGGUUUUUGAGGCCAAAACGUGUUGUCCCGACAGUUGGUGUUGAUCCAGAGAAGCUGGAUGGCAAGCACGCAGCAUCUCUGCAGAAGUAUUUCAGGGGCUUGGUUGAUGAAACCGCUAACAAGAAUGAUUUUUUGAUGUCCUUCCAUCAAAAGGCUGUGAAAGCUAAUGAAACGAGCGAAAACUUUCAAUCUACUGGCAUGAAUGAUCCUGCUGAACCUGUGUAUUCAGAAAUAAUAGAAGAUUUAGCUCUGAUAAUGAACAAGUCACGUGAGCAAAAAUGCUCUCUUGGAGAAGCAACCUUAAUGAAGGAAGGGGGCAUGGAAGCUGCAACGGAGGAGCUUCGUAACUGCUUGCCAUCUUGGGUGAAUGAUGAUCAGAUUGUUAGCUUGAUCAGAUGUGCUGAAGGUGAUGUAGUUAAAGCAGUUUCCGAUUUCUUUGAACGGGAAACUGAGUACUAUAAUCACUCAAGUGUUUCAACUCAAAUAAGACCAAUUAAUCAGCUUAGUCCUUCCGAUGUGAAAAUUUGUGAAGUAGUUGAUAACAAUUCAAAUCAAGAUAACAACAUGGCUAUUAAGAAGCUUGAUAUGGGAAGUUCUAGUGCAACAAAGCGAAAGGUUUCUAGCACUAUUAAGAGGGCCAAAAAGAAAGGGAAGAUUUUUCCAACUUUAGAUUCAGUUGGACCAAAGCAAUCUACAAUAACAAAGUUCUUUGGUAAAGUUGCACCCAUAUCAGCUGAUGUUGAUGGUCAUGUAAUGAGUACUUCUAAUGUGCCCCUCAACAUGGUCAAGCCGCUUAUAGUUGGUUCUGUUGAACCAUACGAACAAGAGUUAGAUCAGUUUCUUCAGGUGAUAAACUAUUGUAUGGAGAGAAAUGCCGCUGCUACUUUAAUGGAUAAAGCAAAGGGAAACAUUGAUGUAGCAGUGGAUAUGUAUUACAGUACUUCUGAUCGUCCAAUUUUUAACGCGGAGGUAUACCAAACUGCCCCUAGGGAUUGUCAUGCCAUAAAGUGCACCGGGCAAAUGAAGAUUCUUUCGCCAGAAAAAUCAGAUAUUCUUAGCAUGUCGGUGGGGGAAACUUCAAAAGAUGAUGCUAAUGUCACAACUGUUUUGCUGCCAAUUGAAAAGUAUUCACCCAUUGAACAUGCAUGCUGGAAGGCUGGAGAGCCUGCGCCAUAUCUCCACCUGGCUCGCACUUUUGAAUUGGCAGAGCAAGAAAAAGGCAAGAUAAAAACAUCUGCAAUGUUUUGCAACAUGUUCAGAAGUUUGCUUGCUUUAUCACCUGGUGAUGUGCUGCCGGCAGUAUAUCUAUGCACAAACAGGGUUGCUGCUGAUCAUGAAAACAUGGAAUUGAAUAUUGGUGGUGGUUUGGUUAUUUCUGCAUUGGAAGAAGCUUGUGGAACCAGCAAGUCUAGAAUUAAAGAAAUGUACAACGUUUCUGGUGAUCUUGGUGAUGUUGCCCAAGAAUGCCGACAAACCCAAAAGUUACUUGCUCAGCCUCGUCCUAUUUCAAUAAGUAACUUAUUUUUAAUGCUUAGAAGGAUAAGCGUGGAAACAGGUAGUGGCAGUGCUGCUAGAAGGAAACAGAUUGUUGUGAAACUGAUGCGCUUUUGUAGAGAAAUGGAGAUGAAGUUUCUUGUCCGAACGCUUGUUCGUAAUUUGCGCAUAGGAGCCAUGAUGAAAACCAUCUUACCAGCAUUAGCUCAGGCUGUGGUUUUGAACUGCCACUCACCUAUGCAACAUAUUGGAUCUUGUGAAAGCCUAAAGCCACAACUUCAAGGGAUUUGUGCAGCAGUUACUGAAGCCUAUAAUAUAUCUCCAAAUCUGGAUUUGCUUGUUCCUUCUCUCUUGAGUGGAGGAAUUGAGUUUUCUGCUUCUGCUUUGACAAUGGAACCAGGCACACCUAUUCCACCUAUGCUUGCUAGAAUCACCAAUGGUAUCAGCCAAGUACUGAAGUUGUUCCAGAAUAGAGCUUUUACAUGUGAAUUCAAAUAUGAUGGUCAACGUGCCCAAAUUCACAAACUUUCAUCUGGCUCCAUACGAAUAUUUUCACGCAAAAUGAAAGAGUCAACUUCUAGAUUUCCAGAUUUGAUAACAAUAAUAAAAGAAUUUUGUAAUCCGGCCCAUGCCACUUUUAUACUGGACACGGAGAUUGUUGCUGUUGAUCGGAAGAAUGGAAGUAAGCUCAUGUCUUUUCAGGAGUUAUCAUCACGAGAACGGGGUAGCAAAGAUUAUUCAAUUGCAAUGGAUGGCAUAAAGGUAGAUAUUUGUGUUUUCAUUUUUGACAUCAUGUUUUCAAAUGGAGAGCGGUAAUUAUCUUCAACCUUUUUCUUCACGAAUCAUCAACCCUUUUUUCCUGGAUCUUAAGUCCUUACAACAAGUGUUUUGUUCUUCCUAGAUUAUUCUUCAUUUUUUGUCAAUAUGAAGCCCAAAAACUAGAUUUUUUGUAUUUUGUUAAUUUGAUGACGUGUUCUGUUCUGUAAUGCUUUUACAAUAGCUUUCAUUUCCUAAAUAGAUAAUUUAAGCAAAUAGAUAUCAUAAACUUAGAUUAUUGUAAGCCAGGUUUAUGAAUGAUGUUUUUUAUGAAUGCAAUUCUGAUUAUGGUAAUUGUCUUGUUAUCCCAGGAAGGUUGUUGCUUAAACAUGAUCUAUUUAUUAUCUAGUAUGUAUUCUCCAUGUAGCAGCAAAGAUUUAAUUUAAAUGUUGCAGGAAGUAGAGCAGCAGAGCUAAAGAUAGGGCUCCAAAUAAACCAAGCCGAGCUGACUGGGACCUUGUUCGUGCUUGACCUCAUUUUUCAAAAUCCUGUUUAAGCUCAAGCUCGAGUUCAUGCUCGAUUUGAAUAGUUAUAGUAGUGUUCAAGUUCAAUUCGUUUGAAAUAAUAGUUUCUUGAGCUUGCUAUACUCAACUUACAUGAUCAAAUGAUCCUUAUCGAGCUAAUUAAUAAGCAACGCUUUUGAGAAACUUAUUAGUUAACUGAACAAGUCCUAUCGAGUUUAUUAAUGAGCAACCUAUUUGAUGCAAGCAAAAUUUUGAAAAAGCCCCAAAUUUUUGCUACCAAAAGCUACUCUUCAUAGGGUAAUAGAAAAUACAUCAAAGAGCACAAAAUAGACAAAAAAAGAAACAAUACAACUUUUUAUAAUAAAAGACUCUUACAAACUUUGACACAAAAUCAAAACACCUAAAGGAGCUCUUCUUUGCUUGAUUGAGAAAAAGGAUACAAGUGGCACUACAGGAAAACCCGGUGUUACCGGCGAAUAAAAUCCGCCGAUAAUAUGUGAAAUCCGACGGAAAUAUAGGUUUCCGGCGCACGUUCCGGCGGAAUUUUAUGCGCCGGUUUGGUUCGCGUCGGUAAAUAUCUUCCGACGUUUAUAAUGCGCCGGAAAAGUUUCGGGCGCACUUUUCGGCGCAUUAUCGAUGCAAAAAACGUUGUGCAGCUGGCGACUUUCAACCGG